GAAUUUUUGGCGCGAGCUGGGUCCGCGCGCGUUCACGGGCCGUUCCCCCUCGAGAGUUCCCCCGCCCGGGUGUGGGGAGCGGUGGGCCGAAGACCCCGGCCCGCCUGACCGCCCCGAGGGCUCCCGCGCCUUCCGCUGACCCGGAAUCUGGGACUUUGCUGAGCUGCGCCCCGCCCACCCGCCUCAGGGUUUCCCCACGCCCACGGAGGUGAAUCAGCUUCGGCCCUGCCCUGGAGGAACUCACAGUCUAGUGCGGUAGACGGUGGUCAGCAGAUGGCAUCCUACCCACUGAGAGGGUGUUCGAGGAGCCGCGGCCUCCGUGCUUAGAGCGGAGCGUGUGUGUGGUGUCGACGUGGCUGUCUUCUCUUUGGGGCCGCAGGAGCAAGCGCCAUUUGAGUGACACACCAUACUCUGCCUCCCGGGGCACCUGUGCUGGACAUGCUCAUGCCCGCCGAGGGCACCCCGCCACCCCUGGGUGGCACCCCUGUUCCAGUCCCAGCCUACUUCCGCCAUGCAGAACCUGGCUUCUCCCUCAAGAGGCCCAGGGGGCUCAGCCGGAGCCUCCCACCCCGGCCCCCUGCCAAGGGCAGCAUCCCCGUCAGCCGCCUCUUCCCUCCUCGGACCCCAGGCUGGCAUCAGCCCCACGCCCGGCGGGUGUCGUUCCAGGACCAGGCCUCUGAGCCCCUGCAGAGCCCCGGAUAUGACCCAAGCCGACCGGAGUCCUUCUUCCAGCAGAGUUUCUAUAGGCUUGGACGCCUGGGCCAUGGCUCUUAUGGGGAGGUCUUCAAGGUGCGCUCCAAGGAAGACGGCCGGCUCUACGCAGUGAAGCGCUCCAUGUCGCCUUUCCGGGGCCCCAAGGACCGGACCCGCAAGCUGGCUGAGGUGGGCGGCCAUGAGAAGGUGGGGCAGCACCCGUGCUGCGUGCGGCUGGAGCAAGCCUGGGAGGAGGGUGGCAUCCUGUACCUACAGACAGAGCUGUGUGGGCCCAGCCUGCAGCAGCACUGCGAGGCCUGGGGCGCCAGCCUGCCCGAAACCCAGGUCUGGGGCUACCUGCGGGAUACCCUGCUGGCCCUGGCCCACCUGCACGGCCAGGGCCUGGUACACCUGGACGUCAAGCCCGCCAACAUCUUCCUGGGGCCCCGGGGCCGCUGCAAGCUGGGCGACUUCGGGCUGCUGGUCGAGCUGGGCGCGUCGGGAGCUAGUGAGGCCCAGGAGGGAGACCCCCGCUACAUGGCCCCCGAGCUGCUCCAGGGCUCUUACGGGACUGCGGCAGACGUGUUCAGCCUGGGCCUCACCAUCCUGGAGGUGGCAUGCAACAUGGAGCUGCCCCGCGGUGGGGAGGGCUGGCAGCGGCUGCGUCAGGGCUACUUGCCCCCUGAGUUCACAGCUGGGCUGUCCUCUGAGCUGCGUUCUGUCCUUGUCAUGAUGCUGGAGCCUGACCCCAAGUUGCGGGCCACUGCCGAGGCCCUGCUGGCCCUGCCGGUGCUCAGGCAGCCACGGCCCUGGAGCGUCCUGUGGUUCAUGGCUGCCGAGGCCCUCAGUCGAGGCUGGGCCCUGUGGCAGGUAAGCGGGGAGGGUGACGGGCCGGCCUGGCUCCGCUCCCUGCCCAGGGCCUGCCCAGCCUCCCCUGAGCCCCUAUCCCUGCAGGCCCUGCUCUCCCUGCUCUGCUGGCUCUGGCACGGGCUGGUGCACCCCGCCAGCUGGCUGCAGCCCCCGGGUCCACCGGCCACCCCACCCGGGUCGCCGCCCUGUAGCCUCCUCCUGGACCGAAGCCUCUCCAACACCUGGGACGACGACAGCAUAGGGCCCUCGCUGUCUCCAGAGGCCGUCCUGGCCAGGGCUGCCGGCAGCACCUCCACCCCCUGCAGUGGCUCCCCUGCCCCCCGGAGCAGGCACACGCCGAGGGAUGCUCUGGACCUCAGUGACAUUGACUCAGAGCCCCCUCGGGGCACGUUCCCUGCCUUUGAACCUCGAAACCUCCUCAGCCUGUUUGAGGACUCCCUGGGCCCGAGCUAAGCCCACCGGCCCAGGCUCAGCGCUUUUAACCUCUUAGCCCCUCCCUUCCAUCCUCCUGGAGGCUGGGGUCCCUGUGUGGACUCCAGUGGUCCCUUCUGCCUGGCUCUCUAAUAAAAGGUAUUUGAAUCUUGGGGUGCACCCAAGCUUGCUUGUGUGGCAA